AUGGAUACAGAUCAGCAAAUGAAUGGCUUCGAUGGUAUACCUCGGUCAACUACACAGUUUAGCAAAGAAGAGUCGCCAAUUGACUUACCUUCAGAACUUAAGGAUAAUUCUAAUUCCAAAACUAUCUAUAACGGCGCCUAUGGCAUUCGUUUAGCCGAAAUUGGCAGAAUCAUUACUUCAGUGCUCGUAUCGGCCGCAGGACUGGCUUUAGCUAUUUACUCAACUACCCGGCUUUUUGAAGUAGGAUACUCAGCCCUCCAUCUGGGCAUUUUACUUAUUGGAGUUUUGACUGCUCUACUGAUUGUUUCCCAUAUCCUAAUUGCUAUUGCUAUACAGAACCGGCAUCGGAAAAUCAAAACAGUGAUUGGUCUUAUAUUUAGCGUAGCAGUGAUCGCAACUACAACUGUUAUUUACUAUCUAAUCAAAACAGCAACCGCAACUAGUAUAACUGAUCUCUACACCAAAGACAUUUUUGUGAUUUAUUCAUUGUUUGCUUUGUUCUAUCUCUUCUACAUCUUUGAGGCCAUUGUGACUUUAAUCCUAAACCAGUAUCGAAGACAAAUGUCUAGGUACUGUCCACUCCUUUUUACUAAUACCGAAUCACGACGAAAAAGGCUCCUUUCGUCACUCAAACUAGCACUAACUAUCUGCUCAAUCAUAUCCAUGACCGGUUUGUUGAUUAUUCUAAUUAUAUGCCAUUAUAAGGUAGCAACCAAUGCAGCACACGAUCUUAUCCUCUAA